UGGCAUUCUGCGGCUGUGCGCAGGGAAGUUGGGCGCUCCAGGGGAACGAAAUGUUGGGGGCGGACGGAGUCACGACGCGCCACGCAACGCGGCUCGUCAUGACCCUGGAGUGAAUCACGCAGGAGUUUCUUUGCUGACGUGAAAUUUUCUGCGCGGCUGCGAGUGUUUGAGUAUUUACAGACAUCUGUGUUUGGUUCCCUCCACAUCAACACUUGAGUUUCUUCUUUGUUUGAAAAGGUGCAACAUUUCAUUCAGAACUUCCUUUGUUUUGUUUUUGUUUUUGUUCUGUUUUCUGUUUUAAUCCCUGCGCGCACAUAAGACGCGCCUCUCUGUUUUUUCUUAAUUUUUCCUUUCUUUCUUUUUUUUUGCGGAUUUUUAUGUGCACACGCAGCUCCAUGCAUCCCGCACCUGUGGACGCUCUUUGUGUUUCGUGAUUUUGACGCGCUCUCUCCCACGCCGCACGGAGCGGUGAGUCGGAUGCGCGGCGGCUCUCCGGUCACAUUCAGCGCCGCAGCGGCCGCGAUCAGUUGCGUGUGGAUGGGCUCUGCGCCUGCUCCCCGCGCCUCCCGCACCUCCUAACAACCGGCGACAAAUGGCAUCGCACGGCUUCUGGUCCCUCGGCGGGGAAAAUGCGGGGGCCAACACCGGGAGUCAAAGCCCCAGCACCCCCAGGGCUUGGUGCCAAGCAGCUGCCCAGAAAUUAUCCGGAGGAAUUGGAUCGAAAUUAUGUGCGCUGUUAAAUGUCGGAGAAGGGGAGAAACCCGCCGAGCCGGCCGCCAUGCAGCCGCCGCAGACCGCUGCGGGGAGCUGCGGCUGCAACAAAUCCUGCACCUGCACCAAAGGCACCGAUGUGGGCUUCUCAGACCUCUACUCAACAGACCUGCUGCCUGCCAUGGACGGAGACACCAAAACGAUGACCUUCCUGCAGGAGGUCGUGGAUAUUUUAAUGGCCUACAUAGUCGAGUCGUUCGACCGGGAAACGAAAGUGAUCGAUUUUCAUUAUCCCAACGAGCUGCUGCAGCUGAACAACUGGGAGCUGCAGGACGAGCCGGCCACGCUGGAUGACAUCUUGAUCAGCUGCCGCGCAACUCUCAAAUACGCCAUCAAAACAGCGCACCCCAGGUACUUCAAUCAGCUCUCCACAGGAUUAGACAUGGUCGGGCUGGCAGCCGAUUGGCUCACAUCCACGGCCAACACCAACAUGUUCACCUAUGAGGUGGCGCCUGUGUUUGUGCUGCUGGAGUACGUCACCUUGAAGAAGAUGAGGGAGAUCAUUGGCUGGUCUGACGGGCGAGGAGACGGCAUUUUCUCACCGGGGGGUGCUAUUUCCAACAUGUACGCUAUGCUGCUGGCCCGCUUCAAGAUGUUCCCUGAAGUGAAGGAGAAAGGAAUGUCGUCCGUCCCCAAACUGGUGGCCUUCACAUCCGAACACAGCCAUUUUUCCAUCAAAAAAGGAGCGGCGGCGCUUGGCAUUGGGACUGAAAGCGUGAUCUGCAUCAAAGCAGACGAAUGUGGCAAACUGAUCCCCGCCGACCUGGAGAGGAGAAUACUGGAGGCGAAACACAAGGGGUUCGUACCGUUCUUUGUGAGUGCGACAGCUGGGACAACCGUGUACGGCGCCUUUGACCCGCUCAUCGCCAUCUCUGACAUCUGCAAAAAGUACAACGUCUGGUUUCACGUGGAUGGAGCGUGGGGAGGGAGUCUGCUCAUGUCCCGGAGACACCGGUGGAAACUGGACGGCGUUGAAAGGGCCAACUCUGUGACCUGGAACCCUCACAAAAUGAUGUCCGUCCCCCUGCAGUGCUCCGCCCUGCUCGUCAGAGAGGAGGGUUUGAUGCAGAGCUGCAAUCAGAUGCACGCCUGCUACCUCUUCCAGCAGGACAAACAGUACGACCUUUCCUACGACACCGGGGACAAAGCGCUGCAGUGUGGACGCCAUGUGGACAUCUUCAAACUCUGGCUGAUGUGGAGAGCGAAGGGAACCAUCGGCUUCGAAGCCCAGAUUGACAAAUGCUUGGAGCUGUCGGAGUAUCUGUACAACAAAAUCAAAGACAGAAAAGGAUACCAGAUGGUGUUCGAUGGGAAGCCUCAGCACACCAACGUCUGCUUCUGGUACCUCCCCCCGGGGAUCCGCUACAUGGAGGACAAAGAGGAGAAGAAGAAGCGCCUUCACAAGGUGGCUCCAGUCAUCAAAGCCAGGAUGAUGGAGUACGGCACCACCAUGGUCAGCUACCAGCCACAAGGCGACAAGGUGAACUUCUUCCGCAUGGUGAUCUCCAACCCUGCUGCUACCUUCGAGGACAUCGACUUCCUCAUCGAGGAAAUCGAGCGACUCGGCCACGAUCUAUAAGACUCUUCUCGCCAAAUCCUCCUGUACUUUCCCCCGUUGAUGGAUGAAAUGUUUGUCAUGAAUGUACUGGUAACCAUUUUCAUUUCUCUUUUUUCCUGUAAAGUCUAAUAUUUAAGAGUAUAUUUAAGAAGAAGAAAAAAAACAUGUAUUAAUUAGUUAUGUACUGCAGCUUUUUCUGUGGACUGACUUGGUCCAGCGCAAUGUAAAAGUGCUUCUGUCCGCCUUUCUUAUGCUAUAGUCGCUGCAAGAUUAGUGUAAUCAGUGUGACUUUAUAUGUACUUUUUGUGCUAUGAAAUGCUUGUGCAAUAAGUCGAUGAGGGAGAUCUGAGAUUUUUGGAUCAUUUCUCAUUCGCAGAGUUUGUUGUUAAGUGCCAAAUGUUGUUGUGUUCUAUGGUAACAUUUUAAAAUUUUAAACAAAGAGAGCACUAAUCUUUACCUCAGCUUAAUUAACUGCCUGUACAGCAGGGGGUAGAGUCCAGUCCAUGAAGCUGUUUCAACUAAAACGUAACAUUUAAAUUGUACACUGUUAUGAAUAUCACUUUGUUUUCCUCUGGGGAAAAAAAUAGGCAAGAUAAAAACACAAAACUGUCGAAUUACCCAAACAAGGCCAGCAGGUGGCGCUAAUGUCAACAUGAAUUACCUUUAAGCAAAUGUUUUCGGUGAUAUUCCACUAAAGUUGGAACCACUUCUUUUUUUAUUUGUUCCCCAAUGGAGCCAAAAGGACAAAGUUUGUUUUUCCCCUUUGUAAUUUAGUAGUUUUGCUUAUUCAAUAGUCAUCUGCAGAAAGGUGUUUUAUACCCACUAUAAAACUAUCAGUUCCUUUUGUUUUGGUGACUGAGUAAAUUUAUACAAACCACAAAAAUAUGACUGCAAUAAUUAAUAUAUACCAGCAGGAGGCCAAUUAUAGCUAUAGGUUUUGAAAACGGUAGUAAUCUCUAAUAUUCUAAAAAAAAGUCGGCUGGCAUAAAUGUUAAUCAGAGCAACGGUCAACAGAAAUGGAGUCCAAAAUAUAAUACACAGGAAAUAGUGCACAACAAAAAUUACUAAUAAGAUUUAAAUGUAAAUAUGAUUGCUUAUAUCCAUAAUAGACCAAAAAUAUUCAAUGACCAGUUAAAGUAAAAGCACUGAUUAAAUACCUGUGAGCAAAUGGUUUUCAUGGGUAUAAAAUGGCAACAGAUAUGGUCAAAACAAGGUAAAAAAAAAAAAUUUGAGGAAAAUGUACCCAUGUUCUCAGCUCAUUUAUUGCACCGUAACUAAAAUGGCUACAGCAGUCAUUUUGAUGUUUAGCACAUUGUUAAUGCUUAGUGUACUGUUUACUCUGUGCAAAGUAGACUGUUUUACUGUUAUUUUCCAAAAUCACACUCUAGGAUUCACCAAAAAUAGUUUCUUUAAACCAAAACAGUGUUUCAUGCAGGAGCUGCAUCAUAAAAUGUCUGCUUUAGUACAAGCAACGUAAAAUUAAAGAUGCUGCCCCUCAUUAGGAAUGCUGGCCUAAAAAAACAAAAUGUAGUUGAAUCUCAGUGAUCAUGAUGUUAAAGGCCAAGGCACUGGAAUGAUGACCCAUUUAAUACUGGCAGCUUCUUGGUACUUUUUAAACUGGGACUACUGGUAAUGGUGGGACCAACCAGCCAUCCAACCAACCAACCCAUAAACUAAUCAACCAACCAAUAAACCAACCAACCAACCAACCAACCAACCAACCAGUGAUUCCAGAUUGUUAAAAAGUUCAGGGUAGUUAUAGUAUGACUUUAAUCAGAGCUUAAUAGUUUUAAUCAUAAGGAGAUUAAAGACACUUUAAUAUAUUUUAAUAUUUUAAUGUAUCCAUUUAUACAACUUUACUCUUUUUCUGAAAGUUUGUUGAUUGUGUUUAGGUUUAGCUCCUGCCCUUUUCCACCAGCGUCAUAAUAAACUUCCCCAAUAACUUUCACAAAUGUCUGCAGAUGAUCUUAAUUAGUUCUGCAAAAACUGAUUCAAUUCUAUUAUAAAUUCAAUAAUAAAAAACAGAUGAAAACCAGAAAUUUAAAAUGUCAGUAGGCCUGUCAGAACAGCAAAUUUUGCUUAAUCUUUGGGUAAAACUAGAAAAAAGAAACGGAAAAUAAAGUGGACAAAAGAAAUGGUUUACCACUUAUAUUUAUUUAUUUGCUAAACUUGUUUCUGAGUUGCACUUUAUCACAUUUUGAGAAGAAAAGCUGGAAUGUAUUACUGAAAAAAAUAAAUGUUUCUAUGAACCUGCUUGUGUAUAAAAUCAAAACUAAAUUAUUUUAUCUUCAGCUGAAAAGGGCCAAAUGUUCAUUUUAGCAUCUCUCCCUUAUGUUUAGCACUUAAUAACAAAACUUUAAGCAGAAUUACCUUAAAGGCAGGGCAAUAAUAAAAUUAACAAUAUUGCUGUUUUGGUCAGAUUUGGGUACUUUAACACUAGACAUAACUUGCACUAAAUUAUUGUGGAGAGCAACUCAAGCAGCAACAGAGAUGGCUUCUGUUUUUAUUCACAAGCAAUAUUUAAGGGUCCAAGCUACAUAUCCCGCAAAGAAGCAGUGAAAUAUCAGCGCACGUUAACGGAAGAUAAUCAAGUUUCCAAACCAAGCACAUGAUAACUUAGAUAAUAAUAAUAAUAAUCUGUAUAAAAGCUUAUUGUAGGCAGGGUUAGCUGUCGAAACUCUGGUUUUCUUUUAAAAAGCAGAAGUUUUGUAGCAUUUUCAUUAGACUGAGGUAGAAAAGCACAAUUUGCUCAACACUAUCAAUCACUUUGAAACAUAGACUGUAAAUACAACUACAAGAUGUCCUAAGUACAUAUCUUUGUGUAUACAUAUUAUGUAUAUAAGACGUAUAACCAGAGACUAUUUGUGAGGUAAAGUUGUUCAUAUUUUCUCUAUAUCUGAUAUAGAUGCCCUGUAUUUUCAUCUCGUCGGCCCAAAAGGCUUUACUUUUCACUGUGUGUGUUUGUGUGUGUGUGUGUGUGUGUGACUCUUAUAGCUGUUUCAACGACAACUUGUUUCAGGGACUGGCUUUAAAAAGAACGGACAGAUGUCACCUCCAAGUACUUCGUUAGGAGGCGUGAAAGUCUGGCGUUAGGGUUUUAAAUGAAUAUGCAAAGCCAUUUUUUUGACUCUGAAGCUCCGUGUUUUUCUGUGCACAAGUGAAAUUUGACUGUAUGUGCCGGCGUGUACCUUAGCGUGUUUGUGACUGUGUUGCCUUAGUAGAGAUUUUUCAGUAUCGUCUAGUUGACCUCCGGAAAAAAGCAGGAGGUUGUGCACUUUAGAGUAUACGACCUAAAUAACGUGCAAUGUCUAAUGGUUGUUUAUGAUUUAAUGUUUAAAAAAAGAUUCUCUAACAUAAUGUAACUGGAGCUCUUUGGUCUGAAUGUGAAAGGAAUUAAGGGUCUGUUUUAAUUUGAUUUCGUAGAUGUAGUAAAGCUUAUGUUGCCACUCCCUAA